GUGUUGUUCUUGGAAAGUUUCGCACCAUUUGUGAAUUCCCUGAACCUUGGCAUUGUAAGUCCACUUCUGUUGGGCCCUCCUCCUUUACAGCUUGCUCAGAUUAAGACGCAGUUGGCUGUUCAGCAGUUGACAUCAGCUGCCUCAAACAAUUCUAUACCACCUUAUACUUUGUUAAAUCAGGCAUUCCUGAAAAUCGCCAUGUUUAAUCCCAGAGGAAACUUGCAUCAGAGGCCAAGAGCACCUAACCCAUCUGGCUCAAAACCUCCAGGAGCUUUUAGGGGAGGUGGCAUACCAGGUCUUCAAAGAAAGCCUGCACCUGGAACACCUCAAGGAAUUUCACAAAGAUUUGGAGGACAUGAAAAUUUACAGCGGACAGGAUCACGAAGAACUAAUGUUCAGGUAACUCAACACAGAACCGAUCCAAGGCAAGCAAAGGAGAUGGCAGACUUACAGGAAGAGCAAAAGGAAAAGGUUCGUACUUCACGUUGGGAUAACAAUCCAUGUCCAACUGGAAACACAAGCCGAAAGCACCCUGUGUCAACCCGGAUCACAGAGCAGAAUACAAAUGUCCAGAGCCGUUAUACAACAGAGAGUGCAUCAAGUAUUUUAGCAAGUUUUGGAUUAUCUAAUGAAGAUCUGGAGGAACUCAGUCGCUACCCAGAUGAUCAGUUAACACCUGAAAACAUGCCGCUAAUUUUGAGGGAUAUACGAAUGCGUAAAAUGGGUCAUCAGUUACCCAAUUUACAUUCUCAGAGCAGAGAAAAAGAAACAGUUGGUGGAACGGGUGGUUCAACUGUUAAGAGCAAAGUGAUUGAUUAUGGGCACACAAGCAGGUAUGGAUACACUGAAGAUCCUCUUGAGGUGCGUGUAUACAAUCCUGAAGAACCAGCUGAAGAGAACAGGAAAGAAUUUCAACCGCAGCAAACUAUUUCAGUUCCACCAUCCAAUGUAACAUGUAACCCGAUGUUUCGAGUUGAGGAAUUAAUGAAACAGAUGGGUUUCCAUAGUGAUUCAUCCAAUACUCAGUCAUUUUUUCCAGUUGAUGCUGCAGGCAAGGUGCCAGGGUUAUGUAUGACACCUACAGGACUCCCAAUGGUGAAACCUAUGAGCCAGCCUGGGAUGCCGCCUAUGAUGCCACCUAUGAGCCAGCCUGGGAUGCCGCCUAUGAUGCCACCUAUGAGCCAGCCUGGGAUGCCGCCUAUGAUGCCACCUGUUAUGCCACCUAUGCCCCAAUCUGUGAUGACGCCUAUUGUCCAGCAGUCUUUGACCCAGCCACCUAUGGCCCAACCUGUGAUGCCACCUAUCAGCCAUCCACCCUUUUCAGCUGAACUUCUUGCAGCUGUAAGACAUCAUGAAAGGAUUCAGCAUGAAUCUGGGACUAAUCAAUCUAAUGCACAGAUUGGCUCAGGUCAGAAGAACUUCCAGACACAAGUUGAAGCUCCUAUUAAGUCUCCUUUUGGAAUUGUGAAAGCCUCUUGGCUUCCAGUGUUUUCACAGGCUGCUGCCCAGAAGGUAAAGAGACUUCCUACUCCAUCUAUGAUGAAUGACUACUAUGCUACAUCUCCAAGGAUAUUUCCACAUAUGUGUUCUCUGUGUAACAUGGAAUGCACUCAUAUGAAGUUACAAUUGAAAGAUUUCAAGGAUUGGAUUCAGCAUCAGAAUAAUCCUGCUCACAUUGAGAGCUGCCGUCAGUUACGUCAACAGUAUCCUGAUUGGAAUCCUGAGGUCCAUUCUUCGAAGAGAAAUGAAGGCGAGAGAAAAGAAAAUCAGACCCCAAAGAGACGUUCCAACUCUGCUAGUCCUGGUCCUAGGCAUUCAAGAGGAUCAGGCUCUGGCCACAUUCUUCGCCGGUCCCGAUCCCGAUCCAGGAGCCCUGGCCGUUUCAGGCUAGCAAGACCAAGAAGUCGAAGUCCAAGGCAGAUGCGUCGUCCUAGCCCUAGACACAGGUCUAGGUCACCACAACGAUCUAGAAAUCCUCUGAGGUGUAGUCCACGACCCCAAAGAUCUUCUAGCAAUGAAUGGGCAUCAAGGAGGACAACUAGAUCUCCAGACAAAAAGGCAGCCUUGGAGGCUGUAGUAAAAAGUUUGGGAGCCAGUUUCGUUGCGGAGUUCAAUAAACAGAAAUCACUUCAAGCAGCUGGACAAGGGUCCUCAGGGAUAGGAAAAGCAUCACCUGCACAAGGGAUUUCAGGGGUAGGGAAGAUGCAUGGAUCUAUGAAAAAGCCACUAAGUGCUACAGGUCAUCACAAGACUUUGAAGAAAGAUUUAUCAUCUGUGCCUGGCUCAGCUGCUUCUAAAAUGAAAUCUGAAAUUGCUGGUGUGCAAGAAAAGAAAGAGAUGAAUUUUGAUGGGAAAGCUGCAAAGGAAACCAAUGUUCCUCGUCCCGCUCCUUAUAACAGACUGUUGAGAGAGAAGCUUUUGAGUUGUGGCACAGUUCUCCAUAUAUCGGAUUUGCCAGAUGAUGGCUUUUCAGAUCAAGAUAUUAAAAAAAUUGUUCAGCCAUUUGGUAAAGUUAGUGACCUCCUGGUGCUUCGCUCUAGAAAUGAGGCCUUCCUAGAAAUGAACUACAAAGAGGCAGUGAUAGCAGCUGUGAAGUAUGGUGAGACAGUGCCAGUGCUGGUAAAUGGGAAGCGUGUGAAAAUAAGCGUAGCAGAAAAACCAAAAGCACCUCCUGGCCAGGUCAAAGUAAGUCUAAAGAAGGCUCCACAGAAUGUAAAGAAAGCUGCAUUGAGUACAAAAAAAGAUGGAAACAGUACUACUACUAAGAAGACUAAAUCUGUUACUCCAGCUGCUUCUGCAGCAAAAUUAACAAAAGCCGGACAAACCGCAACAAAAGCAGUUAAACUUGCUGGUAAACAUGAAGUAACAAAGAAACCGGCGGUGCAAACGGAUAGUAAAACUAAGAAAACUUCAGCCACUUCAGCAAAACCUAAUGAAAAGAAGCGUAUUGAUCCUAAGAAGUCUGCAGAAUCCAAAAAGAAGGAUGCAAAACCUAAGAAAGUCACAGAACCGAAGCGGGCUGUAGAGACUAAGACGGCCACAGAAUCUAAGAAGGCUGCAGAGGCUAGGAAGACCACAGAACCUAAGAAAGCUGGAGACGAUGAGGCCAAAGAAAUUAGUAAACCUGUAGCUGUGCAAGAGAAAAUUACACUGACUUCUACUCUGGAGGUGGAAUCAAAUCAGUCUAUGGAAUCUAUAGCCAACAAAGAAAAUCUUGAGGCCAAGAACACUGUGGAAGUGAAGACAGCUGAAAGUACCAAGAAGGAAAAUGCUUCAAAAGCUACUGCAGAGUCUACAAAGAGCGAAGAACCAAAUGAGCCAGCUAGCAAGGAACUUGAUGACAUGUGUGUUGUUCUUAUUUCAAACUUACCUGAUAAAGGAUAUUCUGUUGAGGAAGUUUCCAACCUAUCAAAGCCAUUUGGAGGACUGAAAGAUGUUUUAAUUUUGUCUUCUCAUAAAAAGGCAUAUCUGGAAAUAAAUCAAAAAUCUGCAGAUUCCAUGGUUAAAUUUUAUACCUGCUUCCCAAUGUCAGUGGAUGGAAAUCAGCUUUGCAUUAGUAUGGCACCAGAAUACAAGAACAUAAAAGAUGAGGAAGCUAUAUUUACUGCCAUUAUUAAAGAUGCCAACUCGAAGGUAAAUACAGAAACUUUAUAUAAUCAGUUUGUGCAUCUUGGUAACUUACCAGAUGAUGGAUACACAGAACUUGAAGUAGUUUGCGUGGGACUUCGAUUUGGGAAAGUGGAUCACUAUGUUGUGUUGAAGAAUAAAAAGAAGGCAAUUCUUCAGCUAGAUAGUCCUGACUCAGCUAAAUCAAUGUGCUGCUUCCUAAAACAGUACCCAUAUAACAUGGGUGAAAAUACACUGACUUGUAUGCUAUCACCAAGGACAGAACUUGCAGAGGCUGAAGUUACAAAAAAAGAGCUGAAAAACCAAGAACCAAGUAAAGGAAGCUCUGACUUGAAAAAAAAACCAGAGGGAUCAGGAGUGGUGCAAACAGCAGCUGCUAAUCCUCCAGUAGAGACUAGUGUGGCAAAGGAAGAAAUCAUUUCCAACUCUGUCAAAGCCAAGACUUCAACAGUGCAGAUAGAAGCCUCUGAGUUGGAGCCUGAAAGAACGGUAUGUGAUUCUGCUACAAAACCAUCGGAAGUUGAAACAUCCAAGGGGGAAUCUGAAGUUGCAGUUACUGGCUCAGAAACCAAACCAGCUGAUGAUGAAUUAUCCAAAGUUAAAUCAGAAGAGAUCCUGCUGCCUCCUUUCAACCUUCAGAAGGAAGAGGUAGUUAAAGAUAACUCUGAAACAGAAUUGUUGGAAUCUGCUAUCACAACUGUAACAGAAAGAGAAACUAAAGUGAAACCUGAAGAAUUUCCUGUUCCUGCCAGUGGAUCAUCAGAAGAGUUAUCCAGUGUGGGCAAGCUAGAAGAUGUGCAGUCAGACUCUGCUGUGAAACCAGCAACAAUGGAAACAGCUGAGGCUGUUUCUGAAGCAGUGCCACCUGAUUCUGCUGCAGUUUUGGUGGAAAUGCUGUCAGCUGAAGACAUACAACCAAGCAACAAAUUGGAUACUCCUGUAAAAAAUGCUGUUACUGAUACAGUGGAAACUAAACUUGAAAUACCUGUGGCCAGUGCUGUGGGGUCUAUAGAGAAGAAACCAGAAAAGUCAGUGGCCAAAGUUGGAACAGCCUUGGAGAAGAAACUGGAAAAGUCAAUGGCUAAGAUUGGUACAGCCACGGAGAAGAAACUGGAGAAGCCUGUAGCCAGCAUUGGGAUGGACAUAGAGAAGAAACCUGAAAAGCCUGUGGACAACGUUGGGACAGAUGUCGAGAAGAAUCCCGAAAAGCCUGUGGACAAUGUUGGGACAGACAUAGAGAACACUGAAAAAAAUGUGCUGAAUGAAAAGAAUGAGCAAACUUUAAUCAAGGCACAUCAAAAUAAAGGACCAGGACAAAUUAAAAUAGACGAAACCAGCAAAGCAAGUACGUCAGCUGCAGCAUUUGUAUCCAUCAAGGAACCUACCUCUGUUGGUAAAACAAUCUUAAAGGCUGUGGUGUCUAUCCCUGAUAUAUCAAAGUCAAGAGUUAUGAUGCGGAGAAAUGAGACUUCUCUAACUAAAACAGAGGAGCAGAAAGCUUCCUCAAAACCUGAGACCAGAAGCAGAUCUGCUACUGAGAAGAAACUUUCAUCAAAAGAAGUGGGUCAACCAAGAGCUACUGGCAGCAGAUCAAGUCUGCCAGAUAGCAUCACCAAAUCUAAACUGGACAUGAGUCCUGUUGUUGUAAAGGGAGGCAGUGGGAGGAGUUCAUCUCAGCAAGACAAGGACUCAAGAGUGGAAUCUAGGGGUAGUUCAAAGCAGUCUCAAGAGAGAGAGAGUAGAUCAUCCAGCAUGAAGAAAGACGACAACAGCAAUAAGGUUCCUGCUGGUCGAAUUAGUAAGAAUUCUAAAACUGUCUCUAGUGGCAAUGUAAAAUCAAAAGAGGAAGAAGAGCUUUUCCCAUUUAACUUGGAUGAGUUUGUUACUGUGGAUGAGGUUGUAGAAGAGACAGACUCUCCUCUUCAAACCAGACGAAAUCCACCCCGGGGGAAAAGAAAAGACUCUGCUAAAAAUAACGCUUCCUCUGAGCCUAUUGCUAAGAGGAAGAAAGGUAAAAGCUCCAUAGCACAUGUUGCUGAGAGCGACUUAUCCUUUGUCACUUUGGAUGAGAUUGGAGAAGAGGAGGAGAUGACUGCACAACUGGUAGGAGACUCCAAUUUAGAAGCAAUAACAGACCCACAGGGUCUAGUUACUGUGGAUGAAGUAAAUGAAGAGGAGGAGCUGAUUUCAGAAGCAGUAAAAGACCCACAAUCACUUGUUACUUUAGAUGAGAUAUCUGAACAGGAAGACUUUUCUUCACAUGAUGUACCUAAAGAUGUCUCCAGUUCAGUUUAUGAGGAGCAAGAUCUUCUGAAAGCAGAACCCUUGGUAACUGUGGAUGAAAUAGGAGAAGUUGAAGAGCUCCCUCUAAAUGAGCCUUCAGAUCUGAAUAUUGAGGAGACCUUAAAACCUAAGGAAGAGGAUGAUAAAAGGGCUAUUGAGGAUCCUGGAGACUUCAUCUCUUCUCAGCUGCCUGAAGAUCCUAGUACUUUAGUGACAGUAGAUGAAAUACAGGAAGACAGUGAUGAUCAGCCUCUAGUAACUUUAGAUGAAGUUACUGAAGAUGACGAAGACUUUUUGGCAGAUUUCAACCGUUUAAAAGAGGAACUAAACUUUGUUACUGUAGACGAAGUUGGGGAGGAGGAUGAGGAGGAAGAAGAAAAUACUUUUAUAGGCACAAACCUGGAAGAGGAGGAUAUUGUUGCAAUUGCAGGACCAGAGGAAAUGGAAAUUCUGGCAGAUAUAGGGCCAGAAGAGGAGGAUAUUAUUGCAAACUCAAAGUCAGAAGAAAAGGAGACUCUUGAAGCUGACACAAAGGAAAUAGAAAAGGAGACCCUUGUAGCAGAUACACAGGAGGCAGACAAGGAGGCACUUUCAGCAAAUACAGAGGAGACUGAAAAAGCUGAAAUUUGGAACAAGACAAGUGAAAAAGAGAUCAAAGGAGAAACUGAGAGUGAGCAGCAGUCUGCAGAGCUAAGCCUGAGCAAAGCGCAUGAGUCAAAUGAAAUGGGGAGACAAACUAAGAACAAGCAGCAGCCUCCAGUGAAAACCCCAGGCAAAAGAGGUAGACCUAGGAAAAGACCAGUUGUUCCACCACCUGAGACACCUGUUGAAACAGAGCAAGAAAAGUGUGACAAGAACACUGAGGAGGCAGCAGAUAAAACCGAGUUAGUGGAAGGCUCAACAUCUGAUUCCAAGAAGGAGAAAAUAGGAAAGGGAAGCUUGACUACCCCAGAAUCACAUCGUGUGAGUGAAGACAGUCAGGCUGCAACUGUUAAAGCGCCAGAUACAGAAUCGGUAUUACCUGAUCUAAAUGCAAGUCUGCUGCCUGAUGCAGAUAUAAAGCAGGAAGGCUGCAGUGAGACGCCUUCACAAUCUUCUGAAAAAACUGUGAAAGAUGAAUUUGGAUCAGGAGAUACAGAACCAGAGUCUAAACGAAGAAAAGUGGAUUCCUCAGCAGAUAAAUCCAAGACACCAAGCACUCCAAAAGGUUUAGAUUUUCUUGUUCCAAAGGCUGGCUACUUCUGUCAGAUCUGCUCUCUCUUCUAUGCAGGUGAAAUGUCUAUGAAAAAUCAUUGCAAGACACUGCGUCAUCAGCAGAAUAUGGAGAAAUUCAUGGCCAAGCAAAAGGAUGGGGAAGAUGAGGAGGAAGAUGAGGGGGAAGAACUUAGUUCCAGGUGAUCUCAGGAGGAGAGAAGAAUUCUUUAAAACAAUUUAAUUUAGGGUCCAGUAAAUUUUGUGUCUUUUGUUAUGAUUUAAUUUGUAAUUUUGUUUCAGAAGCAAACUCUGAUGUAUAAAUUUGAGUUCAAGGUAGACAAAGACAGAGAAGAAAAUGUAUGGUGGUUUUGAUUUCUAUAUCAAAUCAUCUGGCUUGGGAGAGAUCUCUUAAGUGUUGAAAUAAAUGUUCUUACUGUAUAGUUAACAC